CCCAACUUUCCCCACGAUUCCCCCCCACGACCUCUCCCACUCCUCAUUCUGGAUAGGGAUCGGGCCACCCGACGCCUUGGUCGCCCGAUGCCCCGGCAUGCCCCCGCCGCCACCUCGCUGACGCCGCCCGGCGCUGCCCCGCCGUUGCCCGCCUCCUCAACCCCCCUCCUGCAAGGAUCCGAUCGGGGGCAAUCGACGCCCCCGAUGCCCUACGCCGACGCCGGACCUCCCCCUCACCAACCCUGCCUGUCGACGGCGUUCGCCUCCUCGUCUCCUCCCCGAAGGCCUCCGUCGAGCCCGCUGCCUUUCCCCUACGGCCACCACCCCGAGACCGAUGCUGCCCCUGUGAUCGACCACGUCGACGACGACCCCUCCUUGCCAGAGCCACCAGGCAAGCCCUCCCUUUGAUCAUUCCGAUAUCGCCCAUUCCAUUCUCUCAUGCUUGCAUUAGAUUUUGCUACUGUUAUUGUUUGCUCCUAUUCUG